AUACUAACUUAUCUUGUUUUAGGCAAAUUCCAUAGAAAUAUCUCAAGGAUGUGGAUCUCAUCAUUAUAAAAACCGGGAGGGCAUUGCAUGGUGGCUUUGAAAUUAGCUGCUUCACCGCACUCCUAUUCUUCUUCGUCAAUCAUCAUCAUCACAGAGAGAGAGGGAUGGCAGCAAUACUACUGAGAUUGGGGUUUCAGACAUUUCUGUUAUUAUGUUCAAUCUAUGCAUUUGCACGGGCAGCAAACAUAACAAAAAGUCCAUCAUGUCCAGCAGAAUGCAGUGGGAAUAAUGUUAGCAUUCCGUACCCAUUUGGAAUAGGUGAUGGUUGCUAUAUUUCCAAAUGGUUUGAAAUCGUAUGUAAUGAAACUGACACUUUCAACUGUAAAUCCAAAAUACCUGUCUUAAGGCAGUUCAACCUGGAGGUGCUGGAGAUUCUAUUAGAUAAUGGCCAAGUUCGGGUCAACUAUCCGGUAUUUACGAGUAGUACUAAUAAUGUAAGCAGCACACUCAAAGAAGAGUUAGCUGGAAGUCCUUUCGUCUUCUCCAGUGAUGACAACUCUUUCGUUGCCAUGGGUUGCAACAACGCUGCCUCAAUGUGGUCCAACGAUGGGAAAGUCUCAAUUGGUGCAGUGUGCCAGUCCGCUUGCGAUCACAAAAUAAUAUCAUCAAGAAAUGGAAAAAGGUGCCAGGACAUUGACUGCUGCCAAACCUCAAUCCCCAAAGAUAUCCAAUCAUUCACUGCAAAAAUAGAGCCAAGAUCAUAUGAUUCCGAGAAGGUAGUCGGAGAAUGCAGGUAUGCAUUCUUGGUAGAACGGCAGUGGUUUGAGAACAAUUUCGAAAUGCCAAAUCCAAAUAUAUCCUUUCCAGUGGUAUUGGAUUGGGUGAUUGAUAGUACUACCAAAAAUUUGCUUUCAGUAGAUCCGGACUCGCCACCAAGUAGCUGUGCCUUUGGCGGUUAUUCUUCUUUUGAUUGGAGCUUUACCUACAUUUCCAGAUGUAGGUGCAAUGGUGGCUUCCAUGGAAAUCCCUACGUUCUUGAAGGAUGUGAAGAUAUUGAUGAAUGUGCAAACUCAACUAAUAACUAUUGUGGUCAUGAAACACGUUGUGAAAAUACUUUGGGGUCUUAUAAUUGUGUCCCAAUCCCUUCUCGUAGGAGUGCCAAGCUUGCCAUCAUUAUUAUAGGAGUUAGUCUUGGGCUAGUAGUAAUACUUAUUGGUGGAUGGUUGUCCUACAAAGCAGUAAAUAAAAGAAAGUUGAUUAAGCAGAAGGAGAAGUUCUUUAAACGGAAUGGUGGACUAUUGUUACAACAACAAUUAUCUUCCAAUGAAAUCAAUGUUCAAACCACUAAAUUGUUUGAUUCAAAGGAGUUGGAGAAGGCCACAGACCAGUUUAAUGUAAACAGAAUGCUUGGCCAGGGAGGACAAGGUACGGUUUACAAAGGAAUGCUACCAAAUGGAAGUAUUGUCGCAAUAAAAAAGUCUAAGAUAAUUGAUGAACGACACCUUGAAGAAUUCAUUAAUGAAGUUGUUAUUCUUUCACGAAUUAACCAUAGGAACGUGGUUAAAUUACUUGGUUGUUGCUUGGAGACAGAAGUUCCUCUACUCGUUUAUGAGUUUAUUCCUAAUGGAACUCUUUCCCAAUAUCUCAAUAACCAAAACAAAGAGUUUCCCCCAACAUGGGAUAUGCGCUUACAAAUUGCUGCAGAUAUCGCCGAAGCUCUCUUCUACUUGCACUCAGCAGCUUCUUCACCCAUUUACCAUCGAGACAUCAAGUCUACAAACAUACUUUUAGAUGAAAAGUACAGAGUUAAAGUAGCAGACUUUGGAACUUCAAGAUCUGUUGCAAUUGAUCAAACUCAUCUGACCACACAGGUACAAGGUACUUUUGGAUACUUGGAUCCUGAGUAUUUUCAAACUAGUCAGUUUACAGAAAAAAGUGAUGUUUAUAGUUUUGGUGUUGUCCUUGUUGAGCUAUUAACUGGAGAAAAAGCAAUCUCUUCAAUAAGAACAGAAUAUACCAAAGGUUUAGCCUCUUAUUUCAUUCGUUCAAUGGAAGAAAACAAUUUGUUUGAUAUUCUUGAUGAUCGAGUUUUGAAAGAAGGUGAAAAAGAGGUUGGUGUGGUUGCGAAUCUUGCAAGAAGGUGCUUGAACUUGAGUGGAAAAAACCGACCUACAAUGAAAGAAGUUUCAAUGGAGUUAGUGGCCGUUCAAAAGUCAAGAAAAGGCGCUUCUAACCUUGAUCAGGAAAAAUAUGAAGAGGUUGAAUAUGUUAGCAUUCAAAUGUACGAUCAAUGGAUUGGUUCUACAUCAACAACGUUAACAUCAUGUGUGGAUAGUAGCGAACAACAUCUUUUGGCAAUUUCUUCUUAA